AUGGAGUCCGUCGACGGAAGCUGCGUUCGGGUGAAAGACCACAUGCGACACAACGCCAAGCUAUCGGAGUGCUUGGAUGAGGAGUCUGGAUCUAUUUCCCAUUCGCACAAUGCAAGUGCCACUGGCUCCAUGACCAGUGUCAGUCGUCGUCAGGCAGAAGUUGCCCAACGAAGCAAAGAAACCAGCACCCGUUUCAUCACUUUGUUUGCCUUCCUCGUCCUGCUGGUCGGCUGCGCUGCCAGUGCUUGCUUCCUCUACCUUGGUAUCACGUCCGCCAAGAACGAUGAACAGGAUCACUUCGAUCGUCGCGCUACAGAGGUGGUCCAGGAACUCAAGUCGGCUUGGGGGGACUAUGAAGUGGCGGGACUUUGGAUACACGAGUCCUGCCGCAAACGAGACUUUACGCGUCGCGACUUUACCGAGCUGUACGAAUAUAUUCGUUCCGACGGGCUGACAUUCCAAGCGGCCGAGUUCAUUCCCAAUGUGACGCAUGCCGAAAGGGCGCAGGUGGAACAGGAAGAUCGCGAGUUCUACAGUGAGUUCUACCCAAACAGAGUAACCUUUCAUGGUUUCAAGGGGUUUGAACCUGAUCCUGAAGGUGGAAUGUCCGUCCAGAAUCGGUCUCAGCAAGAGUUCUAUUUCCCCGUUCGCUUUGUCGAGCCCGUGGAAGCGAAUGCGGCGGCGGCGGGGUUUGACUUGUACAGCUCCGCAAGUCGCAAGGCAAGCAUUCACGAAGCGCUAGGUACUUGGGAACCAUCUCUGACGAAUCGCUUGCAACUAGUUCAAGAAACAGAUCCCAGCGCUUACAGCGUACUUCUCUUCCACCCCGGUGUCAAGUUGGAGUCAGCCGAUCAAGUGCAAGGACCCAGGGAUCUCUCUUUGCUCGUCAUCCGCAUACCAGAUUUGCUCAUUCGGUCUAGCCGCAACCAAGUCGAAUCGAUCGGAAUGUACGUCUACGAUAAAAGCACGGAACCUCCUCAGUUUCUGGGCGCCACCACUGUUACGGUGUCCAAGGUCACCGCCGUGGAAGCCGACAGCGGCGUUCCUGGUGAAACCGGCCAUGACGAGUUUGUGUACCAGGUCGAGCGUACUAUUGACUUUCUCCCCGAGGUGGAACUGGACGAGUUGAUUGGGUCACUGGAGGGGGCUACUUCUACCAAGUUUACGCGAGAAGACAUUCAGGCAUCUUCCAAAACGUGGGAGGUCGUGGUGUUCCCGCUCGAUGGAACGUAUGAGCCCGAUACAGGCAUGGUGUGGAUGACGGGGAUUAUCAUUGCGCUGGCCACUGGUGCCUUGGCCUUUUGCCUUUUCUUCAACAUGAGAAGGGUGACUGCCAUGAACGAGGUCAUCUUGAGAGCGGAAGCAGACCAACAGAUCGUUUCAAGCUUGUUCCCCUCGAAGAUCCGCCAACAGAUGGAACAAACGAAUGGCUUGCAAUCUGGGAAUAACGUGUCCCAUGAAGGGGUGUUUGAACAUGCUCCCAUUGCCGAGUUGUAUCCGGAGACAACCAUCAUGUUUUGCGACGUUGUGGGGUUCACCAGUUGGUCCUCUGUUCGUGAUCCAGCCCAGGUUUUCACCUUGUUGGAGAGUCUAUACUACAACUUUGACUUGAUUGCUAGACGACGCAAUGUAUUCAAAGUGGAGACGAGCUUGCUGUCCUUGAUUCGGCUUGUUCCCACUGCGUCGUCACAUCAGAUUGGAGACUGUUAUGUUGCCGUUGCGGGGCUACCAGAUCCACGUAAAGACCAUGCCAUGGUGAUGGCACGGUUCGCUGUGGAUUGCCUCUUGAAGACGCCGGAAGUUACGCACGGGCUGGAAACGAGGCUCGGACCAGAUACGAGCGAGCUUUCAAUGAGAUGUGGACUUCACAGUGGACCGGUCACUGCGGGUGUCCUACGGGGAGAGAAGUCACGAUUUCAGUUGUUUGGCGACUGUGUUAAUGUCGCUUCAAGGAUGGAAAGUACGGGUCAAAGUGGCAGGAUUCAGGUCUCGGAAGCAACCGCUUCGCUGCUACGUGAAGGCGGGAGAGGUGAUUGGUUAGAAGAUGAAACUUCGGUGGCAAUGUGCAAAGGCAAAGGGGAGCUUAUGACUUGGUGGCUGAAAAUUGAUGCAAUCGCUGGACCUCAAGCAAACCGCCUCCACAACAAUGGCAACCCACUAAUCCAUCUGCCUCCAACCGUGAAGGACAGUCACAACUUGGAUGCAAAGACAUUGAAACUGGUCGAAUUCAAUGUUAUGGUGCUAGAGCGCUUCCUGCGACAGAUUGUCGUCCGUCAACAAGCAAACUCACGCAAAAAAAGCCGAAACAGUUUAAGCAAGGCUCCUUCCCUCAAAGCGCUCACCAACGGUGGCCUCUCAGGAGUGAAAGAUGUCAUUAGCAUGCCAGAGUUCGAUGCCGUGGCUAUUGCAAAAGCUGAGGCGAUGGACCCCAACGCGUUAGUGCUAGACCCUGAAGUUCUGCCCCAACUGAGAGACUACACCAUGCGAAUCGCAGCCACAUACCAUACCGAGAAUCCCUUCCACAACUUCAAGCAUGCAAGUCAUGUCGUCACAUCUAUCGUGAAGCUGCUAAGCCGAAUCAUCAACCCCCAGCUAAUUGAGCUGCAAAAGGAUAAGGCAGUUGCUGACACGCUCACUCAUGCGAUGCACGAUCACACAUUUGGCAUAACGAGUGACCCAGUCACACAAUUUGCGGUUGUUUUUGCCGGUCUGAUUCAUGAUGUGGACCACACUGGCUUGCCAAAUGCGGUCCUAGUCAAGGAGGAAAGGCCAUUGGCAAAGAAGUACAACAACAGGAGCGUAGCUGAGGCAAACUCGUUGGACAUUGCAUGGGGCAUUCUCAUGGAAGACAAAUACGAAAGCCUCCGUCAGUGUCUGUUUGAGACAGAUGCCGACCUUGACCACUUCAGGGAUGUCCUUACGAACACGGUCAUGGCAACUGACAUCAUGGAUAAGGAGCUAGCACUUGCCCGCAAGAAUCGUUGGGAGAUUGCUUUUUCCAAAGAAAACGACAGUGAGAGCGACCCCAGCGGGUCCAGCGAAGGUGGACGUGAUAGCGUGGAUAGGAAAGCCACAAUAGUUUUGGAGCAUCUGAUCCAAGCAAGUGACGUGGCUCACACAAUGCAGCAUUGGCAUAUCUACAGACAAUGGAACCAGCAGCUGUUCCUUGAAAUGUACCACGCCUACAAGACGGGGCACUUGGAAAUAGAUCCUUCGGUGGCUUGGUAUGAAGGAGAGCUCGGUUUCUUUGACUACUACAUCAUACCGCUUGCUAAGAAGCUUGAGACAUGCGGAGUGUUUGGGGUCUCCAGCCACGAAUACCGCACCUACGCCCUGUCGAACCGACAAGAAUGGGCUGAGAAAGGGAAAGGCCUCAUUGCUGCAUAUCUGAAGACGUACAACGAAGCCGUUGGAAAACAAGCCACAGUGGGGUUCCAGAAUCAGAUGUGGUGCUAG